UUUAUAUUUCCAGGAAUGGACAGAAAUGCAGGACUUACAAAGAACAAAUCAUGGAAUGUUCUUUGCAUUCGUCUUACCGUAAUUACCUGCUUUGAUUAACGCAGCAGUUCUGAGUAAAAGACACGAAAGGACAUCUGUAGGGCGGAGGUAACAUCACCAUAUCAAUGAUUUGCUGUUUUUCACUUGGAGUGACGUCUCCCUUAUAUUCAUGGAGCACGUUACAACACCUAACUCUUUGAACGAAUGAACGACAUAAGGCGACUCUCAGAACAGCCUUCCACAGUGACGCAUCUCGUCUCGUGUCGGCCGGAAUGGAACAAAAGCGAGAUCGCAAAGAACGAAAGCACUACACAGAUGACUGGGCUCUUGGAGAUGAGGAAAUUGAAGGUCGGCGUUCGUUCCGAUUGGAAGACAAGAUGGAAAGUGACCGUUUUCCACAGUGUUUUGUUAAGGAUAUGGUAGGAUCAGAUUUCAAUUUGGCGUACCUACAGAGGCAUGGGUUCAACACUCCCUUGCUGUUUCGUGACAAAACUGGUCUUGGGUUAAGAGUUCCUAGCCCAAAUUUUUCUGUUAAUGAUGUCCGGAUGUGUGUUGGUUCACGGCGAGUGCUGGACGUAAUGGACGUGAACACACAAAAAAAUGUGGAGAUGUCUAUGAAAGAAUGGCAGCGAUACUAUGAUGAUCCUAAUAAAGACAAGUUGCUGAAUGUCAUCUCCCUUGAAUUCUCGCAUACAAAACUUGAAAAUUAUGUCCAGACUCCUACUGUGGUGCGACAGAUUGAUUGGGUCGAUGUUGUGUGGCCAAGACAUCUGAAAGAAGCACAGACAGAGUCGACCAAUGUGCUGGAUGAAAUGAUGUACCCUAAAGUUCAGAAGUACUGUCUCAUGUCUGUCAAGGGAUGCUACACGGACUUUCAUGUGGAUUUUGGAGGGACUUCCGUAUGGUACCACAUACUUAAAGGGAGUAAGAUUUUCUGGUUGAUUCCUCCUACAGAACGGAAUAUGCAGUUGUAUGAAAACUGGGUUCUGUCGGGAAAGCAGUCUGAUGUAUUCUUUGGCGACACUGUAGACAAGUGUGGCCGAGUGACUCUAACAGCUGGAAAUACGUUCUUCAUUCCCACUGGCUGGAUUCAUGCAGUUUACACACCAUUAGACUCACUUGUUUUUGGAGGAAAUUUUCUUCAUUCUUUUGGGAUAGAGAAACAGCUUAAGACUGCACAAGUAGAAGACUCCACACAUGUACCACAGAAGUUUCGGUACCCGUUUUUCACGGAGAUGCUGUGGUAUGUGCUUGAACGUUACGUCCACUGCCUUUUGGGACGUUCUCACUUGGAUGAAGGAGGCGGUGGAGGAGGCACUGAAAGUCCUGGUUCGGAUGCUUCGAAACCUCAGACUUCUCCACAGGCAACAGAAACUCAUACUCAUCUGACUCCACAGGAGCUGCAUGGUCUCAAAGCCAUCGUAAUGUUCCUCCAUUCACUGCCCACCAACAAGAAGAAUGUUCCAGAAUUAAUUCGAGAUCCCAUUGCCCUCAUUAAAGAUGUACGCACUCUUGUGGAACAGCAUAGAUAUGACAGCCCUGAAGCAGCUGUCACUGGUAAACCAAUUCUGAGAGGACCAGAUCAGUGUGACAGGCCCAGAAGCCGUGGUGGACGUCUUCCUCUGACCAAGAACUCUGGUAACCGUAGUUCGACUCCUUUUGCACCUGGCAGUACUAAGCAGGGUAAACAUCGUGCAGGGGGUAAAGGUGGAGCCAACCAAGGCGGAGGGGGUCCGAGGAGAAGACGAACGCGGUGCAAGAAAUGUGAGGCCUGUCAGAGGAGCGAUUGUGGCGAUUGUUCGUUCUGCUUGGAUAUGGUCAAGUUUGGUGGUUCAGGUCGAGCUAAACAAACAUGCAUCAUGAGACAGUGCUUACAGCCAAUGUUGCCGGUUACUGCAGCCUGUGUCAGCUGUGGACUGGAUGGUUGGGGCCAACAACCUGUCAUACCGAUUCAGAAGAUGAAUAGGGAGAUUCCCAGCUCACUGAUGGAGUGCAGCGUUUGUUACGAGAUCAUCCAUCCAGACUGUGUUGCCAAACUUUGUCCUGGUAUGGAGGGAGUUGUAAAUGAAGACCUCCCAAACAGUUGGGAGUGUCCAAAAUGCUGCAAAGAGGGGAAGAAUGUCGAAUACAGACCUCGUCAUUUUAGAGCAAGGCAAAAGUCGUCAGAUAUCCGUCGGAUGUCUGUGAGCAGCGAUACCAAUUCUGCCUUGCUUGAUGCAAUUAAAGUUGAAGGAAUGAAAGUGGAAAUGGAUCCAGUGGCAGCUAUUAACACUGCUUCGAGUUGCGAUGAUUUUGGUCGACCUCUCACCCCGCGUGACACCUCCUCUUCCGUUAGUUCGACUGGAGCCGAUUCUCUUCCUGCAAAGAGGCCAAAGCUGGAGCCAGAUGAAACUUCUAAUGAGCAUCAGUCGUCAAAUUGGAACGAACGAAUGUUAUCUCCAAGUGAAGCCAAUGUCUCACCUCCUGGUAGUAUAGCAUUGAAACGCAGUCAGAGUGCAGAGGACUUACCUUCAAGUGGUGCAAGCCCUGGUAAUAUGAACAACGGUGGAACUGGUGGUCCCGCUGAACCAAGGAAGUUGGCGUUACGUACUCAGCUAGCCCAUCAGCUAUCUGGUAACUCUAGCAAAGUUCUGAAGAGACCUAGUUAUGUUGUACGACCAGCACCUGGUCCACCCAGAGGAAUAAUGGGUGCAACUACAACUGGAUGUGCAAAUCUUGCUUUAGAAAAGGCUUGUAUGUUGCCUGUGUUUCGGUAUCUGAGUCCUGCUGAUCUUGCCCGUUGUGCUGGGGUUUGCAGGACGUGGGCUGCAUUUUCUGUUGACCCGAGUUUGUGGCGUCGUAUGGAGCUGUCACACAAACAUAUUCUGACUGCACAGCAUUUAGCUGGAAUAACCAGGCGCCAACCCGAACAGUUAGUUUUAGAUUGGAGUGUUGUAGCGAAACGACAGCUCGCUUGGUUAGUGGUCCGACUUCCGCAACUCAGAGAACUUUCUCUCCAGGGGUGUGUCUGGGCCGGAGUCAGUGCAUUACGUACCUGUGUUUGUCCACCUUUAGCUUCUUUGGACUUGAGUUUUGUAUCUGGACUCAAUGACGCAUCUCUGAGAGACAUUCUAAGUCCGCCACCAGAUUCUAGGCCAGGUCUUGUGGAUACGAAAUCGCGACUUAGAAAUUUACGUACACUGAGAUUGGCAGGCUGUGAUUUAACUGAUGUUGCCCUGCGUUAUGUGACACAGCACCUCCCCCGUUUGGCCGAGUUGGAUGUAUCAGAUUGUCAGAGGAUCUCUGAUGCUGGAGUAGCUCAAUUAGCAACACCACCUGCAGCAACCAUAAACUUGCUCCAUAGUCUGAAUCUUACCAAUUGUCGACUUAUCACAGAUGCGAGCUUAGAACACCUUGCAAGGUGUGAUGCUUUGGUAAGGGUUGACUUACGGAAUACCCCACAUGUCACUGCAGCAGCUAUUGCUAAAUUCGCAGUUAGAAGUAGACAUGGAUUGAAGGUUAUGGAUGGAAAGCUUAUAGCCAAGCGGCCAACCUCUGCUUGAGACUUAUGAUAUAUAAAUGUACAUGCAGGACUUGAAACUAUGGCACAUUUGUGGCAACAGUAGGAUGUUUUAUAUUUUCCUAGUGACAGUUCUCACCAUCUUUGAUUCAGAUGCAGGUAAUGGGAUUGUGACCCAUGUCUUUAUAAAGAAUUGACCAUCUGUUCAUCCCUCCUAACUUAAAUCAGUUGUUUGAUGCAGUUACUAACUGCAAUGUUAGCAUAGCAUAUUUGAGGGUUUCUUAAAUGACUUUCAAAAUGAUUUAACCACUGAUAAGAGUAUUAGCUACUGAGCUGUUUGUUAGAGAUUGAUUCAUUAGUGAAAUGUUUAAGAAGAAUAAUUUUCGCGUAAGAAUUAAUUGAUAAAGAUCACUUGACUCAAGGAACAAUGAUUUAUGUGUGUUGGUACAGGGCUUGAAGUUUAAAUGCUAUGGAAGUUCUGUGUAAACGUCACAUUGACAGCUGAAGAUACCGAUAUGGAAUAUUGUGUCAUCCUCAACAUAAUCAAGUUUUAUUGCUUACAAGGAGCAAAUGAGGAAUUCAUCAGAUGAAGACUUGAACCUUUUAGUAUAUUGAAGAUGUGUGUUUUGUGAGUAUGGAACAGUAUGGUUUUAACAGAUAUAUCAUAGACAUAUUGAGGACUUUCAGCUAUAUAUAUGAUGGCUUGAUGGUUACAGCAGAGUUUUCAAUGAUGUUUAUGUGGGGAUUGGCAGGGUAGUUUCUGUACAUCUGGAAAAGGAGAUUGAGUUGUGGAUGAAUUUAUUGAAUAAAUCUUGUUGGUUGUAUUAAAUGAGUUUGCAGUUGCCUUGGAAACCAGCUAGAUGGUUCCUAUCAUCAGUCAAACACGGGAUGCGUUCACAUUUAAUGCUUCCUCUGUUUCAAUAACAGUAAAUUCCCUGAUUUUUCUCUGCAAUAUCCAGCCAGCCAUCUUAAGGUUGCAGCAAGUUUAUGUGAUUUGGAAUCGUAAGAAGUUUUCAGUUGUCAGAUGUGCUUUUGCAUUACGUAACUUCAUGACCAAUCUAAGAUUGUGGUAAAAAGUACAAAAGAGGACCAGUGUGGGAGAAGGAGGGAAUCUGUGUGCAAUGUGAUGUUCCUUUUAUGCAAAAUGUGAUGAGAAACAGAGUGUGUAAUAGAUUAAAUAAAAGAUGAAUUAUGAUUGCAUUAUUUGAAGAAUACAACUUGGAUAAAAGAUUGAUCGUUAAAAACCAGUACAUUUUUGUAGAUAUAUUUGAUAAAAUUUACCGACAUCACAAUAUUUCUUGAAACAAAAAGUUUCACAAAACCUAUAUAGUACAGUACACUUUACAAUACUGUAAAUGUAAAAGUGUAGCUUUAGUAUUAAUAUUGUAGGAAGCUAGCAAAUAUGAUAUUAAAUGUAUGAUGAAUAAAUAUUUAAUUACAAUAUAACUCUUAUAUAUUACAUGGUAUGUGAUGUUCUAGGUUAUGAUGCCAUAUAGUCUUGUAGGUGGUUACCAAGAUUUUGGAGGAAUCUUCUGCCUCCAUCAUGAUGGUUCCUCUGAAACAUUGGUAACUACCUACAAGACAUUGUGUCAUCAUAACUCAGAUUUUCGCUCAUGAAAGUCCCAGGUUUUGCAUGAUUUUCUUGCAACUGUUGUAACUUCAUGGGAAUGGCAAUUUCUGGGACAUUUCACAUCCAUUUGUAUUAUUUUCUGACUUUUGUCUUCAAUGAAAUUAUUUUUCAGUGAACUUGAGUGGAUCUCAGUAUUGUCUGCAGAUGAAAGGUUGAUGAAAACAUGGCACCUGUAAAUAUUGUUUUAAACCAAACUUGAUUUAUAAAACUAUGAGUAUCCAUACCA